AUGAAGUCAACUGAUAAUAUAAUAAGCAAAGCAGAUUUUGAUAAUAUUUCAAAUAAUGAAGAUUCUGAUGAUGAUACAUCAAGCAAAAACAAUUUAUCAAGCAACACUUUAUUAAGCGACAAUAAUUUAUUAAGUGAUAAUGAUCUGUUAAGUGAUGAUUUAUUAAGCAAUGAUUUAUUAACAAUAGUUUAUAAUUUACUGAGUGAGGAUGAUGUGUUAAAUAAUAAUAUGCUAAGUGAAGAAGAUUCUGACAGAGAAAUUUUAGAUAAAUCUUUAAGCA